AUGGAAAAACCACUGCUUCCCCAAGGGCUUUCAACAAAUUUUCAUAACAGGGUGAAAAAUGACCAGACCGCGUUGUAUAUAUCGGCAGCACCAACAAGAUCAACAAAAAGAGCUAAAAAUGUUGUCAAUUAUGCUGAGUAUGAGGAUCUAAACUUUGAUGAUGAGAAUGACACCAACUAUGCUGACGAUGGAUAUAACAAUUAUAACUCUUUGGCUUCUGUGAAUAAUACCGAUAGCGCUUUAAAUAAUACACUUCAAGGUAAAUUAGCUGUCAAGACAAAGCAUUUGAAUUUCUCUGAAUAUGAAAUGAACUUUAAUAGUUUGAAUGAAGAAAUUCUCAUUCCAAUAAGAAUCAACUUAGAACAUAACUCUAAUAGAAUUGUGGACUUUUUCAUGUGGAAUCUCAAUGAAACAUUAAUUACACCAGAACAAUUUGCGUUAAUAACGUGUCAAGAUAUGGAUCUUCCAAACUCCUAUCAAAGUCAAAUUGCAAACUCAAUAAAGUCUCAAAUAGAAGAGUAUACCAAUCUUGUUACCAUUCAACUUCCAAAAAAUAUUGACAUCCAUGUUGUGAUAGAAUUAUCCUGUAAUUUGGAUAAAAAUUUAUACGAAGAUAAAGUGGAAUGGGAUUUAACAAAUGACGCAAUAACACCAGAAGCAUUUGCAAGAUACGUGGUCAUGGAUUUAGGUUUAUCUCUGGAGUUCUUGCCAGCAAUUGCACACACAUUACAUGAAUCAAUUCUAAAGCUAAAAAAAGAUUGUAUAGAUGGUCGUUUACCACAAGAAAUCUACAACCAAUCAGCAUUUGGUUAUGAAGCAGGUGUCAGACUUGAUCAUGAACGUUUAGGAGCAUCUUGGGUUCCAUCUGUUGAGGAACUUUCCCAGUGGGAAAUCGAAAAAAGAGAAAUCGAGAAGGAAAGAAACAUAAGAAGACUAAAGAGGGAAUCAAUGAGAAUCGAUGAUGGCUCUAAUAAAAGAAGAAGUUACAGAAGAAGAUAUGAUGAUCUGGAAAUCCGCUAA